AUGAGCAGCUGCCUUUGCCUCCCCAAAAAGAAGGAGGGGACAGCGAAGCCGUCCAUAGAUUCAACCACCACAUCAGUCGUUCAGAACCCGAAGCCCACCCAACCUCCACCUCCUCCCUCCAAGGGCAUGGACGCCAUCGAGCGCUUGAAGGUCGGGUUCCAGAAGUUCAAGACCGAGGUCUAUGACAAGAAGCCGGAGCUGUUCGAGCCUCUCAAGGCCGGCCAGGCCCCCAAGUACAUGGUGUUCGCCUGCGCUGACUCCCGUGUGUGCCCGUCGGUGACCCUGGGCCUGCAGCCCGGCGAGGCCUUCACCGUCCGCAACAUCGCCGCCAUGGUCCCACCCUACGACAAGACCAAAUACACCGGCACCGGGUCCGCCAUCGAGUACGCCGUGUGCGCCCUCAAGGUGGAGGUCCUCGUGGUCAUUGGCCACAGCUGCUGUGGUGGCAUUAGGGCGCUCCUCUCCCUCAAUGACAGCGCACCUCACAACUUCCACUUCGUUGAGGACUGGGUCAGGAUCGGCUCGCCUGCCAAGACGAAGGUGCAGAAAGAGCACGCCUCGGUGCCGUUCGAUGACCAGUGCUCCAUCCUGGAGAAGGAGGCCGUGAACGUGUCCCUCGCGAACCUCAAGACCUACCCCUUCGUCAAGGAACGGCUGGCCAAAGGGACCCUCAAGCUGGUCGGCGGCCACUACGACUUCGUGUCCGGGAAGUUCGUCGCAUGGGAGCCUGUGAUUGACGCUGUUGAGCGCUUGAAGAGCGGGUUCGAGCAGUUCAAGAUCGAAGUCUAUGACAAGAAGCCAGAGCUUUUCGAGCCUCUCAAGUCCGGCCAGACCCCCAGGUACAUGGUGUUCGCCUGCGCUGACUCCCGUGUGUGCCCGUCGGUGACCCUGGGCCUGCUGCCCGGUGAGGCCUUCACCGUCCGCAACAUCGCCGCCAUGGUCCCAGGCUACGACAAGACCAAGUACACCGGCAUCGGGUCCGCCAUCGAGUACGCCGUGUGCGCUCUCAAGGUGCAGGUCCUCGUGGUCAUUGGCCACAGCUGCUGCGGUGGCAUCAGGGCGCUCCUCUCCCUCCAGGACGGCGCACCUGACAACUUCCACUUUGUUGAGGACUGGGUCAAAAUCGGCUUCCCUGCCAAGAUGAAGGUGAAGAAAGAGCACGCCUCGGUGCCGUUUGAUGACCAGUGCUAUAUUCUGGAGAAGGAGGCCGUGAACGUGUCCCUGGAGAACCUCAAGACCUACCCCUUCGUCAAGGAAGGGCUGGCCAACGGGACCCUCAAGUUGGUCGGCGGCCACUACAACUUUGUGAAAGGGGAGUUCCUUACAUGGAAAGUCUAG